UGACUGUGCAGUUCCCCACCCCGUCGCCUCUCUCUCUCUGUGUCCUAGCUGUUGCUGAGCGUGCAGUUGAACGUGUGUGUUGCUAGAAGCACUUUCUUUCCUGUUCGAGAAGUUUCCGUCAAUGUGCGAGCCCAGGGCUGAGAACCCACCCCCUGCACCGUGAGGGCUUGUUUACCGUCUUUGGCAGACUAAAGCAAAGCAGCAAUGGGUCUACACGUGGCAAGCUGGCAGAACGACCAGGACGGUUUGUAGGAGGAUCCGGCUCAGAGUCCAGGAGAGUGCAUAGACAUUGCAAAGUCGCCGUGUGGGCUGGCCCAGCAGUGAUCGGUUGGGGGUGAAGGUUCAGGAGAUGGCCAUGGAGGUGACAACACCCAUGAUGGAAGCAGCUUCCAAAGGCCUGCUGGGCACCAAGCAUCGCAUCUCCACAGUGACGUCCCCUCUCAGGGCGGCCUAUCGGAUUCGCCACAAGUACCUUGUCAUGAAGAGGCGGCGAGUGAGCGUGGAACAGAGCGAGGCCGCAGGAGAUGAAGGGCCAGGAGGCAGGUACCUACCUACCAAAGGCCAGGACCCCCUGGAAGGAGCCUUCAAACACAGAGCCAAAUCGGCCGAACAUUUCACUUUCGAGAAGGUGCCAGUCAAAACCGUGAAGAGGAAGCGCUCCAACAAGAGACGCAAAGUGCUGUAUCCAAGUGACACCAGGAAGUACCUGCCUGAGGAGAAGAAAAGCAAGGCCAAGAACUGCCUGUUCCUGCUGAGCCUCAUCGUUUUCUUCCAGAUAUACAAUGCCAUCGAGAACCUGGAUGAUAACGUGCUGAAGUACGACUUGGCAGGGCUGGAGAAGACACUCAAGAGGGAUGUCUUUGGUCAGACCGAAGCAAUCAACACCCUGAUGGAUUUGCUGAGGGACUAUCUGGCCACUCACAUUCACAACAAGCCGCUGGUGCUGUCCUUCAAUGGGCCCAGUGGGGUUGGAAAGAGCCUGGUUGGGAGACUGCUGGCUAAGCAUUUCCGUUCAGUACUGAGAGACGAGCUGGUGUUACAGUAUUUCGUCCUGCACCACUGCCCAGAUCAGAACAACGGCACCAGCUGCCUGCAGGAAUUGGCGGGGGGCAUUGCCAACAUGGUCAGCCAGGCAGAGGAAGAGGAGAAGAUCCCUCUGCUCAUCUUCGACGAGGUGGAGUUCAUGCGGCCGGCCUUGUUGGAUUUUCUCCAGGCCUACUUGCAGCCUCACCAGCCCAAUGAGUUCCUGAACGCUGUCUAUGUCUUAAUCAGCAACUAUGGGCAGGGCGAAAUCACCAAGUUUGUGCUCCAGAAUGCUUCCAGCGGCCUGGCGAGGGAACCGACCAGGUCGGAAGAGCUCCUCUUCAAUGUGCAGUCAUCGUUGAGCCAGUUCCACCCAAUCUGGAACCACGCCGAAAUCAUCCCAUUCACUCUCCUGGAGAGGAUUCACAUUGAGGGCUGCUUCCUGGAGGCAAUGAUGAGGGAGGGACACUACCCAGACACAACUCAGCUCAAUGACCUCUCCAGGGAGUUGAACUAUUACUCAGCAGGGAGUCACCAGUAUUCCAUUCAUGGCUGCAAGUACGUUGGCUCCAGAGUGAGCUUGUUGCAUUGAGACCCCACGUUCCCAUACUGUGCGCCAAGCUGACAGCACCAAAGGCUUGGCAUCUCCCAGGUUUGGCAGGCUCCACUGGGUACCCACCCCCAGGUCCCGGGGUGGGGCGGGGUGGGGGGAGGGGGGUAGGUGGCAGACACACUCUUCCACUGAGAAUUUCAGGAGAGGCAGAGCAAGAAUUGUGGACGGGUAGGUGGUCUGCCAUUGUUGGCUGUCCCAGUCUGUAUUCAGCAUUGAGGAUGACCAGCCCAGGCCACUGGUCACUGGAGGGUCACUGAUUAAUAUGGACCAAGAGUGGUCAAUGUGACAGUGAAGUGAGUAAGAGAGGGAGAGAUGGCAAUUCCAAAGGGGCACCUCCUCACCUGGGCAUUCCCUCACUGUGAUCACUCCCUCACUGCGAUCACUCCCUCAUUAUGGUCACU